UCAGCUGAUUGCAAAAUGAAAAUAUACAACUUGGCAAGAAGAGUACCUACACUUUAAAAAAGAAAAAAAGAAUAUAAUUAUUAUUGAAAAUUUCUAAUUAGCCUUCAGUACUUAAUAAUAUACCUACUUUUUAAUAACCUAGCUGUAAAUUUUCCGAGAAGAAUAAAAAUAAAAUAAUAAUAUUUACUUUACUCUGUAACGAACUACAAACUGCUUUCAGACAUCCUACAAAUUGAGCAUUAAUGCCCCAUAGCGGAUAUUAACGUACUUAAUCCAAUUUUAAAAACAGAAGAUGACUGCACCUUAUGAAAAUACAAAUAGAUAAAAUUUGAUUGAUAUUUCUCAAGAAACAACCAAAAUGUAUUGCAGCAGUCUAUUAAAGCAUAGGAAGUGCAUAAACAUGUCAUUGCUAAGAUAUUUCAUGAGUUCGCGCCCAGUUGUAUCAGAAGUAUUAACUGCUUACUUAAAACAAUGCAAUGAACCACCAUGGACAUCCUACUUUGUUAAGUAUAAAAGUGUCUGUAACGACCAAUUUGGUAUGUCAAACUUUAACUGGAAAGUAGGUAGUUCUAAUUAUCAAAUCCUGAGGACUGGUUGUUUUCCAUACAUUAAGUAUCACUGCUCCAAGAAGGAAGAAGAAGACUUGUCAAGUUCUGACAGAUUCAUGAGAUUUAUAAAAGUUGCUAAUCUUGGCAUACCAUGUCUACUUUAUGGUUUAGCAGCAACACAACUAAUAAGACAUCAAGAAAUAGUGCAAACUAGUAAAGGACCAGUUACAAUAUAUUUCUUAUUACCAGAGCAUAAAGGCUCUAUACAUUGACCAGAAAUGAACAGUGGCGGAAUUUCUUCCUAUUUAAUACAGACAUUUUUAUAUUUUAUUAGAUAACUAAGCAAAAGUCUAGUCAUGAGUUGUAAUAUUUAAAUGUUGUUAUGUAUUAAAUGUUUACAAUAUUGUUA